AUGUUGUGUACUUUUUCGACUCUUGUUGAUGGAAAUUUUAAAUGCGGUGUUAGCCAGGAAUAUCCUGGUCAAUACGAAUGUAUACCUCUUGGUAAAUGCGAACGAGAGAUCACGAGACAUCUGGAAAUGUAUGGCCUCAGUGAAGAUCCAUCGUUGGAAAGUGAAAGGAAACUGCUACUAGCUCGUGCAGGUCAGUAAACGACAAGUGGUUGAAUUUUACUUUGUUUUGAUGUUCUGUCAGCACCUAACACAAUUCUAAUUCCGAAGGUUUUUUCUAAUCAGGAAUUUUUUCGCCGGAUGUGUCUCAUGACCUUAUAACUAUAUGUCCCCGUCAUCGGGCGGAAUAUGGUAUAAGAUGGAGAACAGGGAAAACUAUGUGUUCGGUUCCAAGCCCAAUGAUCGCACAUAAGUCAGCAAAAGUAAAAGGAACACGCAGAAUAAGCAGUCAACUAUCUUCACUUAUUUUGAAGGAAACAGGCCAGCUAAUUGUUGUUGGAUCGCGUAAGUGAUUUUUACGUUAUGUCUUGUAAUUUUACUGAAAUUCUUAGGAGAGAUUGAACGGUCUGACUCUGUUAGUAACAAACAGCGGCUGGGUAAGGAAGUGAUGGAAUACAGGGGUGGUUUAUUCACCAGCUGGAAGUUCGGGGUUUGUUUUUGAUUCUCGGCCGCAUGACCUUCAACUUCCUGCGCUUGAGCUUUUGCACAUUGCAUUUGAGUUCUUUAUGGAAAACUGAUACCAAGUUCAGGAGCCCAUAAGAAGAACCCCAUCUCUAUUAAGCCACCCCUCAGGGGGGUAAGUCCCCCAUCUCUAUUAAGCCACCCCUAGGGGCCUUAAUCGAGGAUUUUCUAACAUACUAUUAUUUCACAUUAGCUAUUUGCUCGACUUGCUUUGGACAUCUGACGAGGGAAGAGGAAAAACGUCUAGUGGGCGCUGGAGCAAUAGAGAAGGGAUCAGAAGGACCUAAGGAAGCUAAAGCUGAAGAGGAGAAGUUAGAAGGAUCUGUGGAAAGUGGGGAUGAAGUAAAGAAUUUAGAAGGAAUCUUGGAAACUGGUGAUACAAGGCUGGUAUGUUGAUAAGCCCAUAAAAUAGGUUAUUUACUCAAAAUAUUUCUCCGUUAUUGAUUGACUCAAACCCCCCCGCCCCUACCCCCACCCAACCUCCCCGCCCCCACCCCCACCCAACCUCCCCGCUUAUUCUUUGUAAAAAGCAAACAUUGACGACGAUUGUGAUAUCUGGAAAAAGAUGUCAAUAUCACAGGAAAGACGCCAGAAAAAGAAAGGUCAAUUGAGAAUUACUGGGGUCGAGUCGAGGUUGCCACUAAGCGUAAGCCAGUUCCUGUAACGCAUGAAGCACCAAAAGAAAUGAUUUUAGGCAGACCGAGGAAGGUGAAUUCGGCCGAGGCUGAAAGGCUGAACUUCAACCCAAUCAAACUUAAAGAAGCAAAAAGCUGUGAAUAAAGUGCCAUCAAACGAGCAAAUUGUUCACCUGCGUCUUCGAUGCGUUUUUUUUUUUUCAAACUGUAUUAUCCUCUUAUCCUUACAAAAUCGAAAAAUGCGGCAAACUGGUUUAAACUGUAAUGGGAAUUAAAAGGAUUCUCUAAUUUUUUAUUUAUUUUAAAUGUGUAGGAAACUGAGGAGUCGACAUCUGCAGACAGUGAUGUCUCUAGUGCUGUCCUUGGUGCAUUAAGCAAGUUAGAAAUUGCCGAUGAGGCCUUUUUAAGCCCUGAAACCAGGAGCACAACGUCUACUCAAAGCGAUGAAAUUGUUCCCUCCCAAGCAACAGCCGCAGAAAUGCAGCGUAGCCUUCUGAAUGAGUUCUUGGUGGCUUGGAAUAUACCGCCGCUUCAAAGAAAAUGGUUGGAGUUUAGCGGUUGCAGUGAAUCCACUAAACAAAGGUAUACAAGAAGAUCAAGCGACUUCGUAGCUGCAGUGCUAAAAACAAUUUCUCCCAAAGACGCUGGCCUUAUUUGGAGAGCCAUGACAUCAACAGCUUCCAUGAAUAAGUUGCUUGGUAUUGAAGAUAUCUCACAAGCAGAUCAGCGUUACCUAGAAGCCCUAACAGAAGCGUAUAAUAAUGCCGAUAGCUGGGAUACCCGCCGACAAAUCCUUUCUGUAAUGACUGGUGUUGCUGGUUUAAAAAUUUUAGCCACUUUCAUUCCAGGGCUAACAAGGUACCGGUACUCUAUGGCAAAUCUGCACCGCCUUCAGUUUGGUCGAGAGGCACCUAUACCUCCUCGGGUGUCAACAAGAAUAAAAGUAGAUCUAAAACAGUUAGAUCAUUUUCUGUGCUUUAUCACAAGCCCACACUUAGUACAAGAUCUUCCGUUCGGACAGAAACAGUUGACUCUUUCGACGGGUGAAGUCAUUAAAGUCCCCAACGUGAUAAGAACCAUGAUACCUCAACGAAUCGUGCGUCAAUAUACUCAGUACUGUCAAGAGACUGGCUUUAAGCCUUUUAGUCAAAGCACGAUGUUGCGCGUUUUGUCUCAAUGCAGUGCGUCAGUAAGAAAGUCUCUUUAGGGACUCGAUUACUAUGCCGCGGAUGGUACACGAGCAUUUGAUGACCUGAUAUCGCUGGUGCGUAAAAUAAAUGAAGUGGAAAGUGACAUGGAUUGGGAAAGACGAAUGAUCGAGUCGCUCAAAGCUGCUAAGCUUUAUCUAAAAGGAGACUACAAGGUAUGUUUUAAGCAAACAGAAAAAUUUGAUGGUUAAUGCAUCAAUAAAUUUGGAGUAUUGAUAAGUAUAGGUACAUUUCACCUCAGUUCCCGCCUAAUCGUUAGUUACCUAUAAGAUACUGGAGACAUCAUUGUUUAGAAACAUUGUAAUUUGUAACGAGUGAAACAAAAUAGUCUUUUGUUACAAGAACCAAAGCGCUUCUACCCUGGAAGAGACUUUUCUUGCCUGGUUUCCGGUUUCUGUAAAGCCUUAACAGUGAGCCGCAUUUUUCUCAAGACUUCGGCCGUCGGCCGACGCCGAGGAUUCCCGCAGGCCCUCCGCGCGCGGAAAAAAACCCUGGUACCCAGGGUAAUGCACUUCUUGUUGGCACAUUAA